CGUUUCUUUCAUUAACGCACACAAAAUCAGGGGAAAGAAAAACGUGUCGCCAACAUUCUGCUCAUCUACCUCUCAAAAGUCUUUCUCUCGUCUAACCAGUUAAGUAUGUGCAGACCUGUUGGUCUUUUCCAAAUUUUGAACUUAUCCAAGAAAAUUUAUUAAUUUCACGCAAAUAUAUAUAUAUAUUUUUCUCACUUGAAACGGAAGCUCUCCUACACAGUUCGUAUCGAAAUCUGUAUUGGAUUUAUAUAUAUAUAUAUAUACAUAUAUAUAUGUUUUGUGGUUCUGUGGGGUCCAAAACCCACCACCAUUCUCUUCCAUUUGGACAAUGCGGUGCUGGAAGCUCAACCCCAACAACCACAGCACCAACCACGACCUCUCUUGUGAGACUGAAUUUGCUUGAGAAUUGAGGUUGUGGGUUUCACAGAGAUUUGGGCUUCCAUUGAUGGCUCUUAAGUCUUCUCCUUUCUGGGUUUGUGUUAAAACUCCUUCUUCUCAUCUGGGUGUCUCUGAUUUGGGGUCUAGGCGCUCUGUGUUUGCUUUGGAUUUGACUCAUGAUCUUCAGAGGUACCGCAAAUUGGAAUGUUGUUGCUUGGGUGCUUUAGCUCAGAGAGCUAUCACUCCUGUUGAAGAUGAGAAGCCUUGCGUUCCCGGCUCCGACUCUUCCGCGCCAAUUGAACGGACUCAGGGCUAUGAGUCUGGGCGAUUCCAUAAGGAUUUGAGCCUUCUUCCUAAACCAUUGACUGCAACUGAUCUUUCUUCUUCUCCUAAUGAUGGUUCAAAAGUGCGAGUAGCUUAUCAGGGGUUACCAGGAGCAUAUAGUGAAGCUGCUGCAUUGAAAGCGUAUCCAAAGUGUGAAACUGUCCCAUGUGACCAGUUUGAAGCUGCAUUCAAGGCAGUUGAACUGUGGUUAGUGGAUAAAGCAGUUCUUCCCAUUGAGAAUUCUGUUGGUGGAAGCAUCCACCGUAACUAUGAUUUGCUCCUUCGCCAUAGGCUGCACAUAGUUGGAGAGGUGCAGAUGCAAGUGAACCAUUGUCUAUUGGGAUUGCCUGGUGUAAGAAAAGAAGAGCUAAAACGUGUUUUCAGCCAUCCUCAGGCUCUUGCUCAAUGUGAUGUGACGCUAAGCAAAUUAGGCAUCAUCAGAAUCAGUGCUGAUGACACUGCUGGUGCUGCCCAGCAACAUUUUGUGCAGAUGGUGGCCUUAACUGGAAUACGAGAUACUGGUGCUAUUGCAAGCGCUCGAGCUGCACAAAUAUAUGGGCUUGACAUUCUUUCAGAGAAAAUCCAGGACGAUGAUGAUAACAUAACUCGUUUUCUGAUACUCGCAAGAGAACCUAUAAUUGCAGGAACCGAUAGGCAGUACAAGACAAGCGUUGUUUUCACUCUAGAGGAAGGUCCUGGGAUGCUAUUCAAAGCAUUGGCAGUGUUUGCUCUGAGGGACAUAAAUCUGACAAAGAUAGAGAGUCGCCCACAGAAACAACGGCCAUUAAGAGUGGUUGAUGAUUCUAAUGAAGGGAGUGCGAAGUAUUUCGAUUACCUCUUUUAUAUUGAUUUUGAGGCUUCAAUGGCAGAACCCCGUGCUCAAUAUGCUCUGGGGCAUUUGCAGGAAUUUGCAAGAUUUCUCCGCGUGCUUGGUUGCUAUCCAACAGACACAAUUCUGUAAAAGGAUAGCAGUUAUCCUCCAUGUUGAUUCUGGACUGUCAAACAUACAAAAGAUGUUUCAAUCUUCAUUAUUGUAAAUAACAUAUGGUUGUUGUGGAGGCCGAUGGUGGAAGAGCGGGGAAAGCUUUGAACUAGAAGAAUGGAGAAAUGUCCUUGAAAAAGCGUUAGUGUUGUUAUCAGUUUUGAAUGUUGAUCAUUCUUUUUAUUGGUGUAAGGGGGUUAGGUGUUUGGAAAUGUUAUGACUUUGACAUAACAGGACAAGCAAGCUUACUUUUGAUAGGGUUCUUGGGAUUUUGUAUCCCUACAUUGGAAUAGUUUCACCAUUGGAGGCAUGAUGAUUUCUUAUGCCUGCAAAGACUGUUUACUAGGGUUUUUCUAGCAUGGAGACAGAUCCUCUGAAAGUGUCAAUGUUGAACAAAUAUGGCAUUUCAUACUUUAGAAAAUGAAAACCGACAGCAUGCUCAAGCCAAUCUUACCCA